UGACGCUAUUUAUUUUGAAAAUUCAUGGCGCUGAAUUAAAUCGGGACUUUUAAAACAUUUAUCUACUGAUCCGCAUUAGCUUGGUGUGAAAGCUGCAUUCAGACAUGAAGAGAGUUCAGAUAAAAGACACAGCGAUUCCUGCACAGCCCAGUGUGGCAUCCAGAGCUGCACAUGUCAAGAACGACACAGAAAAUAAGAAGAACCAGUACAGAUCUCUGAAAGUGCCAUCUACAAGAUAUGGGCAACAGAAUGACAUAAGGGAGCAGAAUAGAGUCCUGACUUCAACAAAUGAAGACCUGCAGAGACAGCUUGAGGAAAUGAAGGGAACUGUGACUGACCUGGAGCUGCGGUGCACAGACCUCCAAGGAGAAAAUCAAGAAAUUCAAAAACAGCUGCGAGACUGUCAUGUCCUCCUUGUUGCAGAAAGCCUUGACCCAGUUUCAGGGGAAAAGUUGGGCCAGACAGCUCAACAGAAGGAAGAGCAAAGGAAAGAAGUUAUGACGGUUUCUCAUAAUCUCCUGACUGAGCUGAAACUGUUUGGUGAGACGGCACAAGAGCAUGCAGCAAAUUUACUGGAAGUGCAGAACAUCAUGAGGGACCUGACGGAAGCGCAUGGAAAGCUCCAGCAGGAGAGGGCAUUGUUCACUUUGGACGUGGAGGAAAUGGAGAGAGAUUUGGGGGAGGUAGAGAGAUUCUUGAUGGAAUAAAUGAAAGAAACUCUUUUACUGGCCAUAAAUACUGCAGUGCCAUAUGGUGUUGUUCGGAGAUCUGUCAGUCUGAGAAUGAGAAGCAUUUGGGCAAAAGUGUAACAUACUGUUGCAUUUAAAGGAACAUACAGCUCAUACCAUUUAAAGAAACACAAAUUUAAGAAUGCUUUAUGAUCAGAAUCUGUUUUUGUCUGCUUACAAGUUUAAGAUAUUAAUAUAAACAAUUUUCAUGCACCUCUAGAAUGGCAAGGCACUUCUUAAAUGCUUACUGUAUAUUGUUUUCAUUUGAAUUCUUUGUGCAAACAUGACCUUAAACAUUAUUAAAUGUUAAACUGGCUUCAACAAGAGACGUGCCUCUCCUUUACAUAGUGUUGUGCCAUGUCAUCUACUUCCAUCAUAGUAUCUGAGACAAAAUGAUGCCAACUAUAAGUAAUAGUUACAUAUUUCUAAAGUUAAACUGAGUAUGCUUAAUAAGCAUUGUCGCAUUUGACAUGGAGAUUUAAACCACAAUGCCCUUGUGAUGUGUGAGGUAAGAC